ACGUGCUCAGAGUGAGCCCUCUUUACCCCGCUCAGCACCGACUUCCGAGAAGCGAUAAAUACACAAAAACAACGUCGUCGCGCGGAGGGAGGAGACCUUUAACGACCGCGGAGCGCCUUGUCAUCGUGUUCUUUAACAUCAAGUUGCUCGUUGUUUUCGGACGAUGGCGGAGCAGAACACGGAGGCGAAGCUGAAGAACCAGUUGAAGCAGGAGAAGAUCCAGCUGUGGAACCCUCCGUACACCGACGACAACAACCAGCCGGGACAGCAGCACAUGCAGGAGCUGGCGGAGCGCUACGCCCCCCUACUGUGUCUGUCGGUGCUGGAGGUAGGGGGCGCUCUGGAGUCCAUCAGAGUGCAGGCGGUGAACAGAGGCAGAGGAAACAAGACUUUCAGGGAGACGAAUGUGGCCACGCUGGAGCUGCUGCUGCCCAGAGACAGCAGGAAGGAUUCAAAGCCAAAAAACCACCUGGAGACGAGGCUGGACGUGUUGGUGCAGGAGGUGGUGGACAGGAUCGGACAAGAGUUCGGCCUCAAAUACAUCAAACUGAUCCUGAAUGGGAAAACUCUCUCUGCAGACCAGCGUCUCGAUGAACAGGGUGUGAAGAACCACAGUAAGGUAAUGGUGCUGAAGGUGAGCGACACCGAGUGGAAACAACAGCUGAGUGAGGAGGAGGAGAAGAUGAAGAACCAGAACGAGAGCGUCCAGAGGACCCAGAAAGGCUUCCAGAUCCUGUCAGAGAGAGACGGCAGUGAAGAUCCAGACACCGCUCCUUUCCUGGAGAUCGCCGACCAGAGAGGAAACCCGCUGAAAAUCCCCCACAAGGAGAAGAAGGCGCUGAUCCUGGCUAUGGGUUUCCAUGAGAAAGGUCGUUCUCUGAUGAAGAAGAAGCAGUUUGACAACGCUCUGUGUCACCUGCUGCAGGCCGACCAACAGUUCAGUAAAUGCGGCUCGGCUCUGCUCGGCUCGGUGGAUAACUACGCCGUCCUGCAGCUGGACAUCGUGUGGUGUUACCGAGCUCUGGAGGCGCUGUCCUGUCUGGACGACGGCAAGAGCCGCCUGCAGCGAGCCGAGGACUGUUUCCUGCAGUGUUACGGAGAACAGCAACAGAGGCUGCUCAUGAUCAAGGGUAACACAGGCAGAGAGGAGGUGCUGUUUCUCCGGCUGUACCUCCUCCAGAGUCUCCUCUCCUACAUCGAAGGAAAUGACGUUCAGGCUCGACAUCAGCUGUCCAAAGUGGAGGCUCUGUACAGUCGUCUCUGUCUGGACUCAGAGAAGCUGGCUCAGCUGAUGUCUCUGGGUUUCACUGAGAGAGAAGCUCGACUUGGCCUCAGAGCCUGUGAGGGAGACCUGCAGGAGGCCGCGAUCCACAUCAGCAACCAGAGACAGGAGCGAGAGGAGCUGAAGCAGAGCGAGAGGAGGAAGAGGAGCAGGAGGAUGGAGAUCAUCUCCACCCUCACAGAGCUGGGCUAUUCCAGGAGAGACGCUGCCAGAGCUCUGCACCACGCUGACGGAGACGAGGACAAGGCUUACCAAAUCCUGCUGGACUCCAGUCAAGCUGCUCUGCUGACCAAUAACAACACAGAGGGCGUCGGUCCAGAGAAGGUGGAGCAGCUGUUGUACCUGGGCUUUGAGAGGGAGGUGUCUGAAGCAGCUCUCAGACUGACAGGUGGAGACAUCCAAUCAGCGACUCAGCUGCUGCUGGACAACCAGGGCGUCCUCUCCCCGGAGCUCCUGUCCGUGUCCCCGCCCUCCACCCCGUCCCCCUCCUCUGAGGAGCCCAGCACCUCCUCCAACUCCACAGCGGACAACGAGUUGGUGAACGAGGUGCUGGAGGACAUCUCACGUCACGAGGAGGAUUACCUCGACCUGACGCUGGAGGAGGAGAGCGAGCUCAUCGCCACCAUGAAGACCUACCUGAACCGAGAGGCCACACACCCCGUGUGACACGCACGCACGCACGCACGCACACACACACAUGCACAGUGAGUGCUUUACUAACCCUCUGUUAGCCAUUCAAAGCAAUAAAUGUGUUCUUUUCUGCAGUCUCAGUCCUAAAGUUAAAAGACUUGACAGCCGAGGCGAACCAUGUGACCACACACAGAGUUUAUUUUUACAUUUAUCUUGAUGCUUUCAGACUUCUCUCUUCAGAAAAACAUUUUGUUCUGUCGUCAAAUGUUCAGAUUCUACUUUGAGAGCGAUUCGUCUGCUGUCACGGUUGUUCUUCCCUCUGAAUGGAUGAAUAUUGUUUUCUAAAUGAAUGAAGUGUUUCCGCUGUGACGGCAGUAAGCGGAGUUUUAUGUUUGUGAUGUGGCAGCAGUCUGUAAACUGACUGGAAGUUAAGAUGAACUUUUAUUUAAAUGCGUUUGCUGUUGAUGUUGAGUUCUCUGCUGAUUGUCUCAUGUCGAUGGAGCCAAUAAAGAAAAUGAAGGUUU